UAAUUAAUUAAAUACAGAUGGAAGAAAUACAAGAGUAUGACUAUCUAGUAUGUUUGUCUCUAGAGACAACUCGCACUGAGAAUGACUACCGUUCAAUGCUAGAAAAUGGGCAAGAAUCCCUUCUAAACCCUGCUGCCUUACUUGCUGAUGCUAAUUUUCCAAAUGUGAUUGAAGUGGACUGGAUAUCCUAUUGCCUCAAAGACCAGAAGCCAGACAAGGAGAGAACCCAGCACUUCGUAAAGCCUACUAAUAUGCCUCAACUGAAUGCUAAGACUGUGGAACAAAGCGGGGUGACUCAAGCCAUUGUUGAGAAUGCUAAAUCUUUAGAACAAGUGCUCAAGGAGUUCAGAGAUUACGUCUAUAGUUCUUUUGUUCUUAAGAAUAAAAGUUACUGAAUUAUAACCUUCGGGAAUUGGGAGAUGGGCUACCAGCUGAGGAUUGAAUCUCUUCAAAAGAAAUUUAAGUUAGAUAGCUGAUUCGCAAAGUUCUUUAACCUCUGCGAAGAGUUUAAAAAGGGACAUCCUGGGUAUCAAGGGAGCUUACUAAAGAUUGAGCAACUGCUAGAUGCUUUAAAGUUAAAAUAAUCGCAAGGAUGUGGUAUCUAAUAUGAGGGUUAGUGAGAUGAAUUGUACAAAUGUCGUGAGGGUGGUUCAUAGGAUGUGUAACAGGGAGGGACACAAGUUUGUUAAACCUUUAGAUAUUGAAGCUGUGGUGAAGCUAGAAAGUGGACCUGUAGAAGAACCAUCUCAUAUUAAAGCUCUUCUGGAAGAUAGUGAAGAGGAUAAUCAAGAGAAGAAAGAUAAUACUAAUAAAGAGGAAACAAAAGAAGAUGUAAAGGAAGAGAGUAUUCCAAAGUUAGAACAAAACCCCGAAGUUACUAUUGAAAAUAAGCCUCCUUCUCCACCUGCUGAAGUAAUCCAUCAACCUCCGACUGAAGGACAGGGGCUACUUCAAGAGUCAACUCCUGCUCUUACUCCUACUCAAGUUCCUUCCAACCCAGAAGUUUAUCCUUCUCCAGCGUAUCCUCCAGCUCCAGAUGCUCAGCAAGCUAAUUAUUAUCAAGGGGCAUAUCCUGGAUACCAGCAGGAAGAAGUGAAGGACUAUAGAACUGAUACGAGACAAAGAGACUACCACACCGAUGCUGCUUAUCCUACCCAUGAUCAAUAUGAUGAUAGAAGAAGAUCUAGAGUAGAUUACGAUGAUCCAGCAUCAAGAGGAUAUCACAAUAGAGAAAGAACACCUGAGCAACCUCGUACUGCAAGCUAUGCAAGAGAUGACAACAGCAUUAAGUACAUCAAAGUGAGCUAUCUUCCUCCAAACUGCGACAAGAACAAGAUUAUUGACUUCUUCGGGAGUAUCCCAAUAGCUUACGCUAACAUUGCCCUGGUAUUCGACCAAACAGGAAGAUUUUGCCAGGAAGCUAUCUUGGCAUUAAACUCUCUAAAUGACCAAGUGGAGGCCUUAUCCCAGUCAGGAAGAUACAUCUUUAACUAUCAGGUGGUAGUACAAGAAGGAGAUGCUAGAGAGUGGGAAAGAGCCCAACAAAGCCAGAAAGUCUUCUUCAGCAGAGACGAUAAAAUCCUUGUCAGAAUGAGAGGGUUACCAUUCACCGUUAAGAAGGAAGAAAUCUUAAUGUUCUUCAAUGGCUACGAUGUAGUACCUGACAGUGUUAUUAUUGGAGAAAUGAGCAACGGUAAGAAGACUGGAGAGGGAGUAAUCCUUUUUAAGAACGAAGAAGAAGCUGCUAGAGCUGUUAACGAAAAGAAUGGAGAUAAUCUUGGAAAGAGAUGGAUCGAGCUCUAUUUGCAUCCAUAUUCCCAUUUCCAUAAUUUCUAUCAAGCUCAGAACCACGAAGAAUAUGUUUAUCUUCACAAAUACAUCACUGAUGAGAACAAGCAAAGAACAUUAAGAGUGAGAGGGCUCCCUUACAGUUGUACCAAGAAAGAUAUGGUCACUUUCUUCAGAGAUUUUGCUGUCACUAACAACGACAUUGUUUUCGAAAUUAAGGAGGGAAGACCUACUGGGAAGGCACUAGUCUUCAUGAUUGAUGCAAACACUGCUGUCAGAGCUAUUCAAGCCCUUGAUAAGGAAUAUAUCGGAAAGAGAUAUGUGGAGUUGGAGCAAGUCAGCAACCUCCAUCAUUCACUAUAA